AUGAACAUUGCUUUUAUAUCGGACCACUUCUAUCCAGGAAUAGGUGAGGUAGAAAGUCAUCUGUUAUCAUUAGCUAGUGAGUUUGUUAAACUCGGUCAUAAUGUUAUUGUGAUUACUCGCAAGUAUAAUAGUAUUUAUAAUGGAUGUAUUAAAAUGAAUGGAUUUUUAGUUUAUUACUUAGAUUUGCCAAUUAUGAUUAAUGAUGUUACUUGGCCUAUGCUUUUUAGUGGAUAUCUUUUUUAUAGUAAAAUUUUUACAAAGCAUAAAAUUGAACUAGUACACGGUCAACAGUCUACAAGUACUAUGUGUAUAGAAGGUAUUUUCCAUGCAAAUAAUAUGGAGAUUAAGACUGUUCUUACUGACCAUUCUAUUUUGGAGUUUGAUAAACCUGAAAUUUUAUUAUUAAGUUUUGUUUCAAGAAUUGUAUUUUAUAGUUUAGAUAGAAUCAUUUGUGUUUCAAAACCAGGUAUGGAAAACACUCAAAUUAGAUUAAAAAAAGAAAUUGAUAAAUUUAAUAUAAUAUCAAAUGGAAUUGACUUUAGAAUAUUUUAUCCACAUUCUCUAAAAGGAAAUAUAAAAUCAAAAUUUAUUGAUCAGAAUGACAAAAUGAUAAAAAUUUUAGUUUGUACACGAUUUAAGUUUAGAAAAGGUAUUGACUUAUUGAUAAAAGCAAUUCCAUUAAUAUGCGCUAAUAAAACAUUAAAAUUGAUAUAUUAG